CCGGCGGGCGGGGUUCAUCAAGCUCCGUGUUUCUCAAUGAGUCUGUCGAGAGCGCGACUGGACUGAGCGUGGAGCACACAACAUCACUGUCCACUCCGAACACGACAUGGAUUACAGACGGAUUAAGCGUAUUUUAUUUGUCAAUGUAUUUAUGAACUUUGUAUUUAUUUCUCUUCAGAAAAAGGAAGAGGUGCUGCUGGAUAUGGUGGCUUCAGGAGCGGAGCUGGGUUGGUUGACGUCGCCUGUUGAUCACGGGUGGGAGAUAGGCCAGCGGGCUGUGAACGGCUCUCUGUUGUAUAACUAUUAUAUAUGUAAUGUGGAGGAACGAGAACAAGACAACUGGCUUCGUACUACAUUCAUCCAGCGCCACCCCACCGCCUCUCGGGUCUUUGUGGAGCUGCGAUUUGUGGUCCGUGAUUGCAACUCUUUUAAUGCAGACUCGCUAAUCUGCAAGGAGACCUUUAACUUGUACGCCUCUGAGGCAGACGCCGACAUUGGCACUGCUUUCCGCAAAGGUCUGUUCCGCAAAGUGGCCACCAUUGCUCCAGAUGAAAUUUCUAGCCUUGGAGAGAUGAAGAUGAACGUUGAGACAAAAAUGGUGGAUAAUCUUUCUCGCAAGGGCUUCUACUUGGCCUUCCAGGACAUUGGGGCCUGCGUCGCCAUCUACUCUGUCAGGGUUUACUAUAAAACAUGUCCAGCAACAGUGAAGAGCUUGGCAGCAUUCCCUGAGACCGUGGCAGGGGGAGAGAAUCAAGCCCUGCGGGAAGUGGCUGGAAGUUGCGUCUCAAACGCUGUAAGCGAGGACCAACCUCGCAUCUAUUGCACCACGGAUGGGGAAUGGGUGGUACCUGUGAGCCAAUGCCAGUGCAGACCUGGGUUCGAGGCCAUGAACAAUGCAUGCCAAGAAUGUCAGUCUGGUUUCUUCAAAUCUUCAGUGUCCAGCGAGGCCUGCAAACCCUGUCCAAAAAACACCCAGCCCUCAGGUCCUGGCGCCACCAGCUGCACCUGCAAGGACGGCUUUUAUCAAGCACCCGAGGACCCCAAAACAGCUCCUUGCUCUGGUUUACCCUCCGCUCCUCAGAGUCUGGUGGCAACCACGGCUCAGAUGUCAAUAGGCAGGCUUCAAUUGUCGUGGAGGCCCCCUGCAGACACCGGCGGGCGCAGUGAUAUCAUGUACACUGUGGUUUGCGAACGCUGUGAGGGGAGGGCAUGUCAGCCCUGUGGUGAGAAAGUGCGUUUCGAUCCAAGCAACACUGGCCUGAAGGACACCAGAGUCACCGUGAGUGAACUGGAGCCCCAUUUGAACUACACUUUCACUGUGGAGGCACGGAGUGGAGUGUCCCAGUUUGGCAAUAAGAGAGCCACCAGCAGCAUCAACACCGCUUUACAUUAUACAGAUCCCCCAAAAGUGACUGCAAUGCAUCUUGUGGACAGCAGCUCCACCAGCCUGUCACUUCAGUGGUCUGUUUCUCACCGUUCCAAGCCAGUUGCCACGCGUUAUGAACUGAUGUAUCGCAAAAAGGAAAAUGAUGAGGAGAUAGCCAACGGAAAGGUCACUACCUACACUGUGCUGGUGCUGGAAAAGAACUCGGUUCAGAUCAGUGAUCUGUCUCCUUCCACCGUCUACUUGUUUAAAGUUCAAGCUCUCAGCCCAGAAGGAAACCCAGGCAGCCACAGCUUGGAACAGGAGUUUUCAACGCUCCCGCAAGCUCUUCAAAAGCAGGGAAACACACCAGUGAUCCUCGGGGCCGCGAUCGGAGGAGGCAUCAUGCUUUUCAUCGUGGUAGUGGUCCUGCUUCUGCGAAAACGGCGAAGAAACUCUCACACCAGACAAGGGCCAGAGGACACCUAUUUCUCCAGCCCAGACCAGCUGAAGCCGUUGAAGACCUACGUCGAUCCUCACACGUACGAAGACCCUAACACGGCAGUGCUCAAGUUUGCCAGCGAGAUCCAUCCCAGUCACAUCACAAAGCAGAAAGUCAUCGGAGCAGGUGAGUUUGGAGAGGUGUAUCGAGGAAUUCUGAAAGCUCCCGGUCGGAAGGAAACAGCUGUUGCUAUAAAGACGCUGAAGCCAGGAUACACAGAGAAACAGAGGCAGGACUUCCUCAGCGAGGCCAGCAUCAUGGGACAGUUCUCACAUCAGAACAUCAUCCGACUGGAGGGGGUGGUCACCAAAUUCAAGCAUGCCAUGAUUGUGACCGAGUACAUGGAAAAUGGAGCUCUUGACAAAUACCUGAAGGACCACGAUGGCGAGAUGUCAUCCUUCCAGUUGGUCGGUAUGCUCCGUGGCAUUGCGGCCGGGAUGAAAUAUCUCUCAGACAUGAGCUAUGUACACAGGGAUCUGGCUGCCAGAAACAUCUUGGUCAACAGCAACCUGGAGUGCAAGGUGUCUGACUUCGGUUUGUCACGUGUUUUGGAGGACGACCCUGAAGGAACCUACACCACCAGCGGAGGUAAAAUUCCUAUUCGCUGGACUGCUCCGGAGGCCAUAGCUUACAGGAAAUUCACGUCAGCAAGUGAUGUGUGGAGUUUUGGCAUUGUCAUGUGGGAGGUCAUGGCCUUUGGAGAGAGGCCCUACUGGGACAUGAGUAACCAUGAGGUAAUGAAGGCCAUUAAUGAGGCUUUCCGCCUUCCUGCUCCAAUGGACUGCCCCUCUGCCGUCUAUCAGCUGAUGUUACAGUGCUGGCUGCAAGAUCGCUCCAAACGGCCCCGCUUUGGCGACAUUGUCAGCAUACUAGACAAGCUCCUCAAGAGCCCUGAUUCUCUGAAGGCCAUUGCAGAUUUUGACCCUCGAGUUUCCAUAAGGCUUCCCAGCACCAGUGGCUCAGAUGGCUCUCCCUUCAGGUCUGUGGCCGAGUGGCUGGAGUCCAUCAAGAUGAGCCAGUACAGCGAAAACUUCAAUAUAGCCGGAGUCGUCAGCAUGGAGCAGGUGCUGCAGAUGAAAAGCGAGGAUAUUCGUAACAUUGGCGUCCGUCUGCCGGGCCAUCUGAAGAGGAUUGCCUACAGCAUCUUGGGGCUUAAGGACCAGACGAGCACCCUGAGUGUGUUUGCAGUGUGAACUGUCUUUAAAAAAGUACCGAAGGGACCGAACCCUUUGGCCGUGGACUGAAUAAACUCUCAGCUGCCUCGGGAUUGGACUGCAGGGACAGCCCUUGACCUGGCCAUAACCCUCCAGUCCAGCGAGAUGGACUCUCACCGCUGCGGACACAUUGGAGUAGCAUUUGGUGUACUUAUAAAAAAUGGAGGAAGUGUAAAACAAUCAAAAAGCUAUUGAUGUAUGCAUCAAACCAUGUAUAUUAGAUAUAUUUUUACCAUAUGCAUAUGUUUAUUUUUUAGAGAAAAUAUAGUCAUUUCUUUAUAGUUUUGCUUUUUUACAUUUUUUGUUAGUUUCGUAUGCAUGCUAUAUAUUUUCGCCGGACAGCGAUCAAUGCUAGUUAGCACUCACUUUACGCUCGGAUCUUACGUUGCUCCUCCAUUGCUGUUGGCACUGUAUUGCUCUGUACUUGACUGAACGUUUCAGCAGUACGAGAGAAAACCAGACCCACAGGUCUUUCUGUACCAGAAACACGGACUCGAAGCUGGCGGUUAUGGGCUUCAACCUAAGACUUAACGAUGUUCUGCUGAGAUCAAGGUGAUUGUAAUGCUCUCUGGUUUCUAUCAUGCUUGAGUUGGCCAUGAUUUGAUGUCUCGCACGAUGACAUUUCUUUACAAUUGCACUCUCAGCGCUAUAUGCUUUGGACCAUCAAGUUUAAAGUCUCUGGUUUAGAUGAAACGGAGCAGCGAGGCGUUCCUUAAAUCCUGUGUUUUCUCUGCAAACAAGAAGAGAGGAGGCACCGCCAUGAAAUAGCACUUAAAUCACAAAUCUCAACAGCUGUCUCAUCCCUUAUCGUUAUGAAAGGUUACGGCAGUGAUGACAUUAAGGAUCGAAGGGAACAAAGAGCGAGCAAAAUGACAAAAUGGAAAUGGGUUGAGAAGGAAAAAAAAAACUGUUCUGGAACAGAUUGUCGGACUAAAUCAAAUGGGAAAAUGCGAUCCGGCGGUGUUCUACAAACAAAAGCACGGUUCUGAUUUUCAGAUAUUUGCACCAAGUGACAGUCCUAGCAAACUGAGAAAAUGAUCAAACAGACCAGGAUAUGUGGAUGAUAUACCAAGGUCUGUUAUUCAUUCUGUAUCAGCAGAUUAAAGUCGCCUGGAGCUGUGAAUUGUGGAGACUAUCUUUGGCAGAUCUGGUUUAUGAUUAACUGAUUUAAGAUAUGCUGGGAUGAAAUGCUACAACCUCUCUUGAUUAUUUCCUCUGACUUAUAAGACCUCAAUAUGAUUUCACAUGUGGGGUAGAUAAGCCCCUUCGUAUGGAAAGUCUUACUCCAUAUUAAAUUCUCUCUCUUUUUUUUUUUGUAUUUACAGAGGAGAGAAACAGCUACGUAAUGUCCUUAAAUCUUAAUGGAUAUUGCAGUUCCAGUUAAUUUCACAUGAUUUUUUUUUUUUUGUAGAUGUUGAAUGCAGAUGGGUUCUUCCUUUUUUUAGAAAUGACAUAUUUAGUGUUUGUUUGCAGUUGAUAAUGUGUUUCAUAUCUAUUUUAAGUGGGACGUUGAUACUGGCAAACUGCAGGACUUUGUUGUAAAGGGAAAAUUGUCAUUUCUGAUCACUUAUUACCUUUUUCUCGAAACACUCAGUUAAAAAACAUGCAUACUUCCAAACAAAGAACAGUUUGAUUGGGCCAAGUGUUUUGUAUUUUAUUUAAUAGUCUAUUUAUUUUUUACUUUAUUUAUUGUUUUAAUGACACUGAAUUGGGAUUUAUUUGUAAUGGAAGUUUGUCUUUCAGUCACAAUAAAAUCUUUGUAGCCUUUCA